GCAGCAGCAGCAGGGAGGGGGCGGCUGAGGGAAGCCCAAUCAGGCGCUGCUAAGGAGCCUGAUUCUCUUGCAACCCCGUCUGGUCGGGUAUUCAUGGCUGCCAAGCUUGGCUCUGCCCUAACCUUGGUGCACUGGAUUUGAGAAGGAUUUUAUCCGCCGCGCUGCGCGUUUGGAGGAGCCCUUCUGCAGAAAGGUUUCUUCUCGGAAAAUGGCUUGCCAACAAGUUCUUCCCCAAGCUUUGUAUCUGAGCAAUAUGCUGAAAGCCGUGAAGAUUAGGGAGAGAAUUCCUGAAGACCUUGUCAUACCCACCAAUGGAAUAAUUCAUCACUUUAAAACGAUGUACAGAUACACAGUAGAAAUGUUCAGAAUGUGCCAGUUUUGUCCUCCGUUUCGGGAGAUCCUUCAGAAAGCUUUAAUUGACCGAUCCACCCAGAGUUCGCUGGAACAUCAGAGGAAGCUGAACUGGUGCAGGGAAGUUAGGAAACUUGUGCCGUUAAAGACUAAUGGUGAUGGUAAUUGCCUCCUGCAUGCUGCAUCUCAGUACAUGUGGGGUGUUCAAGAUGUGGACCUGGUCCUGAGGAAAACACUGUUCUUCGCUCUGCAGGAAGUGGAUACACGCAACUUUAAGCUUCGUUGGCAACUAGAGACUGUUAAAUCGCAGGAUUUUGUAGAAACAGGACUCCUCUAUAACACCAGGAACUGGGAAGAGGAAUGGGAGAACCUCAUCAGUAUGACAUCCCCAGAAACAUCAGUGGCCCGAAGUGGGCUUCAGUACAAUGCACUGGAAGAAAUCCAUAUAUUUGUCCUUGUUAACAUUCUCAGAAGGCCGAUCAUAGUUCUUGCAGAUAAAAUGCUGAGAAGCUUGGAGUCCGGUUCAAGCUUUGCCCCUCUGAACGUUGGUGGAAUUUACUUGCCUCUCCACUGGCCAGCUGAAGAAUGCUAUAGAUAUCCUAUUGUCCUGGGCUAUGACAGAAUGCAUUUCACACCAUUGGUCACUCUGAAGGACAGCGGGCCAGAAAUCCGGGCUGUCCCACUGGUCAGCAGUGAACGAGGCAGGUUUGAAGACUUGAAGGUGCACUUUCUGACAGACACUGAGGAGAUGGGAAAGGAGAAGCUACUGAAAGAAUACUUGAUGUUGAUAGAGAUUCCAGUGCAAGGCUGGGACCAUGGUACAACUCAUUUAAUUUAUGCUGCAAAGUUAGAUGAAGGCAACUUACCCAAAGAGAUAAAUCUGGUGGAAGAUUACUUUCAACUGGUACAGCAUGAGUACAAGAAAUGGCAAAAGAACAAUACGCUUAUUACGAGGGAGCCCUACACCGGGAAUAUACUGGAACUGCCCUUACCCCAGUUGUCUCUUGUAGAGGUGAAAUGUGAAACUCCCAAUUGCCCCUUCUUUAUGUCUGUGAACACCCAGCCCUAUUGUCAUGAGUGCUUUGAGCGGAGGCAACAGGGAAAUAAACCAAGGAGACCGAGCGCCAAAACAGCAUCUGAAAAGUCACGGACGACUGGAGCAGGCCCAUCUAGGGUUGAGUUUUGUGAGCCCGGGGGAGGGCUAUCUGAAGACCCAGUGACAGGGCCUCAUUCUGCACCUCCAACAGCUCCAAGCCUUUUUCUGUAUAGUGAAACCACCGCUAUGAAAUGCAGGACUCCAGAUUGCCCUUUUACAUUAAAUGUGCAACACAAUGGACUCUGUGAACGCUGCUACAAUUCCAGACAGCUCAGUCCCUCUAACAACUUGGACAACCUGCGACAUUUAAACAGUGUGACAUGUAAAAUCUGCCUUCAGGACACAAACAGGACCUUUAAUGGCAUCUGCACCUCUUGUCUCAAAAGGACUACAGAGCCGGCAAUUGCCAAUCCUGUCUUCGUGCCUUCAUUCCAUCGGCGAUCUCACUCCGACCCUUCACAGCUAUCCCAGAGCUUCCUCCAGCAUUCCUGUCAUGCAGCACCCAGCAACGAGCUGGAGGAGCUGUCUUCUUCAGAAAUGCUUCAGGUUCCUCACAAUUCGUUGGAAAGGAAUGGAAGUAGCCAGUGCAGAAAACCUGGCUGCACGUUUUUUGGGACUCCUCAGAAUGAAGGGUUUUGCACUCUAUGCUUCUUUGAGUACAAGGAAAACAAUGGCAGUGCCUCACUACUUCAUCAGAGAAGGUCUCAAAGGAAUUCUUCUGCUUCUGGUCAGCCUGGGACCUCUGCUGCCACAUUCCAUAACACCAUUUCCUGCCUGGGGAGAGAAUGUGGCACCCUGGGCAGCAGUAUGCUUGAUGGGUAUUGUCAGAAAUGUUUUAUUGAAGCACAGACUCAGCGAUUCCGUGAAGCCAUAAGGACUGAACAGCAGCUAGUGGGACAAUCUGAAAGAACUGGGCAACACAGAGACUUACUGGUAUCAACAAUGGGGAGCCAAAAGCGAAAGUGUUCCACGGCUUCUUGUAGGAACAACUUAGCCUGCAGAAACGAUGAGCUGUGUCAGGAGUGCCAGCGAGUUCAGUCUGGGAAUCCUAGAGGGCCAGCUGCAGAAGAGCCUCCGAAACAGUGCUGCCGAGCCACUGGCUGUGAUCAUUAUGGCAAUAAUAAGUGCAAUGGCUACUGCAAUGAAUGCUACCAAUUCAAAGAGAUGUAUGGCUAGCGGAGAAGUGCCGGCAAAGAGCAAGGAAGCAACAUCUGCUUCUACCUCGCUGAAAUGGUGCUAUGUCCAAAACACUUAAGAGGCCAGCCAUGGCAAGGUCCAUUUGAAUGGUGUGACAUAUAUAUGGCUUUGGGGGGAAAAUAAGCUGUCUGGUUUUGUACAUAUUUAUGUCCAUGGGUAUGAAUGAAUAUCCACUUAAUACAAACACUGCAUACAUGGACCAAUGAGAAGUCAGUCUGCUUUCUGCACAGAGGAAUCUUGCAGGAAUGAUCUGCUAUAAUGUUGACUCCAAACUCCCUCUCCUCUCGGAUUUCAAAAUCCCUAGAGUGCGUACUGUGGCAGAAUGAAGCAUUUGAAUACAGAGGACUUUGUAACUUUGCCUCUGUACUAAUACCUCCCCUGCACCUUGUCAGAACUGACCAUUCAGAGUGCAAGGACACUCAACCAAUGUCUGAGAUGCAGAGCUUCUUGAAUUGGCCUACGUCAGUGUUUUGCUCAAGGUGAGGCUGGCCCUUCUUGAGAGGACUCCAUUCUCGUCCAGGGGAGUCUGGUGCAAGCUGGGGGUGAGGAUGUAGUUAAGAAACUUGCUUUUGCUUGGUUGCCUUCAUCUAAGAGCUCUGUCUUGCAUGUAGAGUGUUCUGGUUGGUUCUGCAUUUGCUGAGCUCUGGGCAGAAAGAAGUCAGAAAUGAAGGACAACUCGCUGCCUGCCGGUCAACAUGUUUAACCAAUGUACCUCCCUUUCCAAAACACAAAAAUAAUAGGGACCCAACGAGAAAGCCCAUGACCAUUGGCUACAAAUGCAUUUAUGCGAAGGGAGGUCUGAACACUCCCCUCCCCAUCCCCUAGGGAUGGAAAUGCCACCACAAGGUAUGAGAAACAGCCCUAGGUUUUGAUGCUGAUGCCAAACUGACCCUGUCUGCUUUGGUGUAGGAGGAAGCACAGUAGCAGUCAGGGCUGUGCAAGCUGCUCUUUUCUUAUUUUAUUGCGCCUCCCCUCCUCCC